AUGAUAAAGGUUUCCAUGGCUAAAGUGGCAGGAUUCAAACUGAGCUUUGAUGCCCCAGCUUUCAAACAGCAGGAACAGCUGGAAAAAGCAAAUCAGAAUUGCAGGAGCCUUGUUGAACUGCAAAUAAGCGAGCUCCCAGGGAACAAAGAGAAAGCAGUUACUAUCAUCUGGUGUGGGGCGGUUACCAGCUCCGAGUUGGAGCUGCAGUCCACCGCUCAGCAGCAGGGCCUGGAGGCACCGAGACAGGGAAGCUGCAGUAUCUGGGGACAGGUGGAGCACAUUAUGCCUUGUUGUUUCAAGGAGGACCACAUGGGCACCGUCACCUUGCUGGUGUUAGGCAUGCAGGCGCCAUACAACCUGAGAGAUGAAUUUCCUCUGCUCACAACCAAACAAGUGUUCUGGAGGGGUGUUUUGAAGGAGUUGCUGUGGUUUAUCAAGGGAUCCACAAAUGCUAAAGAACUGGCCUCCAAAGGAGUGAGAAUCUGGGAUGCCAAUGGGUCCCGAGAUUUUCUGGACAGCAUGGGAUUAUCUGCACAACAGCAAGGGGACCUGGGCCCAGUUUAUGAUUUCCAGUGGAGACAUUUUGGAGUAGACUACAAAGAUAUGGAUUCAGAUUACUGGGGUCUAGUAGACCAGCUGCAAAAAGUGAUUGACACUCCUGACAAUCCUGACAAGAGAAGAAUAAUGAUGUGUGUCCAGAACCCAAAAGAUCUUCCCCUAAUGGUACUUCCUCCAACAAUCAUCAGCUCAAUAAUGUAUUAA